AUGUCUUCUUCUUCCGAUACUGGAGUAUCAGACACGUUGGACCCCAUGGCGAUUGUAUCAGACGACGAGAUACUAUCAGAGAGCGAGGUUUAUACAUCAGAUACCACGAGCACUGAUGAUGACGACUUCCAGCCGUUUGCCCUGCCAGACGUUGCGCCUUUAGCUGAUGGUCCUGUCGAUGGGGAUCUACCUCUCAUUUUGAUCCCUGCUUCUAUCCCCCUCGCUGCUUUUCCUUUAGAGGAUUUACCUUUCGAUGCGUUAUCAGACGACGAUAUCGACCUUUUCAUAGAGGGUCCCCCGGAGGGAGACCAGGAUGGUGGGGCCCCUAUAGAGGACGGUAUUCCAGUUGACGACCCUGUAGUUCCUAUUGCUGAGGCUCCUGUGGAGGAGGCUCCUUCUGAUUCAUUUGAUCCAGACUCAUUUGAGUCCAUGGCAUCCGCUUCUUUUCAUGACCAGGGCGUGCAGCACUACUCUCCUGACGCUGACUCCGACGUGGCGAUGUCAGCUGCACCUAUUGUUCCCCAGGACUUUAGCCAGGAGCCUGAGGUCGAGUUUGUACCAGCUGAGCCCGCUCCAGUUGGUCCAGAGCCUGCCAUUGCUCACGACCCUAUCGAUGUUCCAGUCGUUCUGCUUUUUCCUGAUCCUCUGCCAGAGCCUGACCACGUUGAUCCUCCAGUCAUGGCACCACACGUCGUUGAUGCACCAGUCAUCGUACCACCGGUUUCCGAUGUUCUUAUUGCUGAUGCGCCCGUUCUUGCACCACCUGUUGUCAACCAUGCACCAUUUGCCACACAUGUCGACCCUCGAUACGCUGACACCCGUAAUGGGUGGAUCGAGGACAAUGAUGAUUAUCCCCCGUUUGUUCUACCAGUCACCCCACCUACUGCACCCACUUUUGCACCCCUUGACAUUCCCCAGUUUCACCCACACACAUCUGAUGUCCACCGCACAGACUUGCCUAUCACUUUCCUCCAGGAUAUACCCCCUCCCCGUCCAGGGGAAGGACCUUCUACUGGGCCACAUGAUCACAUGCCACCCACGACAGCUGCUUUUCCAUUUAUGCCUUCUUUUACUCCGGCUGCACACACUACAUCUCCCUUUGUACCAUCGGGCGAGCCAUUUUUGUGGACAUCGCCCAAUGUUAUGCCCCUGUCAGACCCGUAUCACCCGUUCCAUGUCGGAUAUACCACAGAGGACAUACUUACAUCCCUGCAGCUACAGCAGGAUGCUCUGAGUCGUCGAGUCGGGGAGCUAGAGAGGACUCCACGUCCUCCCCCAUGUCACUGUCAGACUCCUUUUGCCGCACCACACGCUCCCCUCCUGCUACCCCCUGAUUCGGAUAUUCGUUUCCUCACCUCCGAGCAGCAGGCUCCCUACUUGCUGCGCGUCAUUCAUGCACUUGAGGAGGACUGGGUGCGCUUGCGCCGUUUGAUUUUCUUCCCUCCUCCUCCUCCGCCAUCAGCAUAG